AGUUAAUUUGAAACGAUACAGGCGGCUGCUCGCCGCUGCUCCGCGCCGCUCCCGUGCUCCUCGCGCGCGCCCCGCUCCGCCGCGGAGGUCAUCCUGCAGUGCGUCCUGCCGGACGGACGGCGUGGCCGGCGCGCCGGCGGCCAAUCACAGCGUUAAUUGAUCCAAUCAGUGCCGCAAGCCCGCGCGAGUGUAUGUGUGCGCGUGUGUGAAGCGCAGUGCUCUCCGUGCCGAUGAAGUGCAGCGUCGUCCUCGCCACGACGCCGACCUCGACGGGGCGGUGGGCGGCGGCGGCCGGCGCGCGCCCGCCCCCGGCCCGCGGCUCGGCGGCGCAGCCCGCGCAGCCCGCGCAGCCCGCGCAGUCGUCGUGACGCGUCGCGAGUGUGUGACCUGCUCGUCGGCGCCCUCGCGCUCCGGCGGCGUCCUCCUUCCGGACUGCGCCGCACGCCGCCACGCCCCUCCACGCCGCCAAGCUGAAGUGCGCCGAAGGAGACGGUCUGCAGCCCGAGUGGCUGUCCAUCACCUCCGGCUCGUCGCUCGCGCUCGCCUCGCUCACCACCACGACGCCGACGUCCACCGCCUCGCCGACGCUCUCCUCGUCGUCCACGUCGUCCAACACCUCGUCCACGCCUGGGCCGCCCCCAGCCUGCCCCUCUGGCCCCGUCGGCGGGGGGGCCCUCCUUGGCCUCGGGCCGUGCGGCCCCUGCGGCCCCGGCGGCCGCCUGUACCCCGACCAGCACUACCAGCUCCAGGGCCACGGGGGCGGCCACGGCGGCGGCCACGGGGGCGGCCCCGGCGGCGGGCAGCACGUGGAGUACGCCGGCCAGCACGGCCUGCAGGACCCCUGGCUCGCCCUGCGCUCCUCGGCCGCGCUCCCCGGCGGCAUGCUCAACAACCUCGGGUCGUCGGCGGGAAUCGUCCUCGGAGGCUCUGCGGGCCCCAAGGACGUGUGCGACCUGAAGCAGCGGGGCGAGCUGUCCCUCAAGCCCUCGUCGGGGAGCCCCCAGGGCCCCGGCGGCGGCGGCCCCCAGGGCAGCCCGUUGGACCCGCACCGGCACAUGUGCGACCCCCCCGGCGGCGGUCUGCACGGCGCCCCCCACGGCCACCAGCACGGCCACGCGCAGCCCCCGCCGCCCCCGGGGGACGACAAGCCGGGCAGCAAGCAGAAGCGGCACCGGACGCGCUUCACGCCCGCGCAGCUCAACGAGCUGGAGAGAUGCUUCUCCAAGACGCACUACCCGGACAUCUUCAUGCGGGAGGAGAUUGCCAUGAGGAUCGGGCUCACCGAGUCCAGAGUGCAGGUGUGGUUUCAAAAUCGGAGAGCCAAAUGGAAGAAGCGGAAGAAGAGCAACGUGUUCUCACGCGCCGGGGGCGGACUUCUGCCAUCGCACAGCUUGCCGCACUUCGGAGCCAUGUCCGACUCGCUCUGUCCCACCAGCAUGUUCGGCUCACCCGAGUCGCGCUGGCCCGCUGUCUCGAGCAUGACCUCAGGCAUGUCGCAGCUGCAGCUGAGCCAGAGCGGUGUGCCCAUGAGUGGCUUCGGUCAGUCGCUGGGCCAGCUCAACCAAGGCGGCUCCCUGAGCGGGGGGCUCAACGCCGGCCUCAACAUAGCUACCUCUAUGGCAUCGAACGGCUCCACCGUCUACCAGGCGCACUACGGCAUCAAUACGCUUGAUCCGGUUUUCUACGGCCACGACACGAGUGGUGGGGGCAUCGGUGUGGGGAGCGAGUCGCUCAACUGACAGGAACUUCUCUCACACCCCGCGCCUGCAGGCCCCUCUUGGCCCCCACUUUACCCCGCCUCACCUACUGUGCCCUUGUCGCAUAGGUGAUACAUUUCUAUAAACGCAGAAACGACUGUUUAGUGUGAGAAAAUGGACGAAGUAUGUUUACUUGGAAAACUUUUAAAAUUCAAACACAAUUCUGGACCUUCAUGAAAUAAAUGUGACCGAAUAAUUUCACUUUUAAAUUUGCUGACAGUUAAAUUUCAGAUUUUCGGGUUGCUCUGAACCAUCAAAUUUCUCAACCAUAGUGUUGUUUUCUAUUCAAAUCAGUUAUUGUCUUAUUCACACUUCCAUGGGAUUGGUAUCCGAAAGUUUUAUUCUUUUGGGUUUUGAUGUAGUGAAUAAUGAUAUACUCACGAUAAAUCGUGCCGAAAUAACAGUAUACGAUGUAACUAUGAUCUCUAAAAUAUUAUAGUUAAUACGCGCCAGAUUCAGGCACAGUUUUGCUCUCUGGGCUAAAGUCUUGGAAAACUUCGUAUUUUGAUAGGGUAUUCCUUUUAUUGUAGAACUCAGUACUCGAGUAAAUUAUAACAAUAUUUACCAAAAAUAUGUUCUAAAUAAAUAUGUGCGGUGCGGCUUUUAGCCAGCCAAAAAUGUGUUAAUCCAAGUGAAUCAAAACUUUGAGAUGUAAAAUUUGUUUGGUCAUAAACGAUCUGUUCCGAACAGGGCUGUGUUAAUUCGUGAAAAAGGGGUGAUUGUGUAGGCAAACCGGGGACAGAUUUUUAUUUGUACAUUCAGUACCUGCUCUAGAGAUUAUUGUUCUGCUCUUUCCAUAGCGAUAAGGGCUAUGAAUACUUCAUAUUGUGAUGAGUGAAAGUGCAUUGUUGAAUAAACAUUUACGGUGCCGGAGGCUUAGAAAGAGACCCCCAAACCUUUGAAAUGUAUUAAUCUGAUAUGGCCUAAAUGUCUUACGGAAAACUUUUAAGAAAUUCUUGGUUGCUGCAUGUGAGUGCUUUCUAGUUAAUAAAAAUAUAGUAAACCACGACAUUGUAUACGAUCGGUUGCAUGUAUACGCAAGUGGCUCCUUGUUUUGCCAUGGGCCAAUCUCGAGACUUCCAGAAAAGUAUACGAUUAUCUUGAAUUAUGACAUUAUUCUGUAUUUUGUGUGGUGAUUCGCGACUGAGUCACGUCUAGUCCUUUUUGAUCUGUUAUUUGUUUGGACGGCAUAUACCGAAUGAAUUGUAUAGAGAAUUUUCUUCGAUAAUCUUCAGCUCACUCUGUUGCCUGUUCUCUGAAAGACCAAAUUCAUUAUCGUGCGCUGUAUGAUUUUUGCUGUUAAUGCUGUUUACUUGAUAUAAAUUGCUUGUAACCGUUCAAACAUUUGGAAUGUUGUCUUUUCGGCCGACUGAACGUAAUGGGUAUGGUAUAUAUGUUAUGUGCUGUUGUCCGCCUGUGUUAAAGAUUUGUACAUACCUGUGGUUGUUGCGCAAUCACCUUCUGUAGAUAUAAUUUAACAAUUUAUGUAGAUACAUUUAAGUUCUCCGUAGGUAUUGGUUACCAUUUUUCAUACGUUACUCUGAAGCGAAUAGUCAUUCGAGAAGAGGCUUAAGAAAGCAUUUAUGCCAUCAGUCCUAGGUAUUUUUUAUCUUAAGGAUACUUGCGUUGUUAUUUGAUUUUUUUCAGUGGCCAAAAAUGUCUAGAAAAAUAUAUUAUUGUACAAUAAACAAUGUACAUAGAAGGAUUA